GGGGCAGGCAGCUCGGGUUGGGCAGGAGCUCCAGUCAGUGUCCUGUUAUCCCUCGGACACGCAGCAGCCCAAGCAGGAGGGGGAUUCGGUUUCCAGCGCUCGGAGUUUCCUCGGUCAGGAUGAACUUUGCGGCCCAGUUAUUCUACUCCAGCUACCUGAGCGAACGACUGGAGCGUUUGUUUUCACCGAGGCCUGCAAUUAAAGUCAGCGAGGAGAAUGACCCGUUCUGGGCGAGGGAGGAACUGCGUCUUGGCCCCAGUCUACCAGGAGGCUCCUACAAACCCGUCUGUAAUGGCGCCGUGGGCCGCCGGCCGACUCUCAUUGAACCAGAGCGUCUCAAGGACUUUGGUGAGGAGGAACUUCUCAAUGGAGAUGUCAAGUACCACCAAACCAGCGUGGCUGGAACCCCGGAGAUGAAGCUCAUGGAUCCCCCCAAAACCAGAAGAGUGAGUGAGUUCAGGAUCGUCCCCAAACCUCCGGCUCAGUUCCUCCGAUUUGAGGACAUCAGCGCUGCAGCCUUCACGAUCCAGUCAGCGAUACAGAAGACACCUUGCACGUAUUCCAGACUGUCCAAGCAGUACGGAAUGGAGAUCUUCCUGAAGAAGGAGCAUCUUCACUACACCGGCUCUGUGAAGGAGAGAGGAGUGCUGUACCUGCUCACCUCCCUCACACAGGAGCAGCAGAGGAAAGGUGUGAUCGUGGCCACCGACUGUAACUUCUCCAUGGCCGUGGCUCACCAUGCGGCCGAGCUGAAGAUACCGGUGUUUGCCAUCAUGCCAUCAAGCUGCUCUUCUCCACGCCUGCGUACCUACAGAGACUACGGCGCCAUGGUCAUCUCGUACGGCGGCACCAGCCACGACUCCCAGAACCACGCCCGCUACCUGGCCAAAGAGAACGGAUACCUCUACCUGGAAGAGGAUGAGAGUGCAGCGUACCUAGCAGGACUGGGAACUGUGGGCUUGGAGAUCUUUGACCAGAUUCCCAAAGUGGAUGCAGUGGUUAUUCCUGCAGCAGGACAGUAUGGACUUCUGGCCAGCGCCGCCGCCGCCCUCAAAUACCUCAACUCCCAGAUUCUCGUUAUAGGAGUUGAACCAGAAGGUUUCCCUCUGCUGCUGCAAUCUCUGAAAACAGACGGCCCGAUCAGAAACCUACACAGCAACCCGAAUAAGAAGCUGUAUGGAGAUUUUAACGAGGGUUCGCUUGGUGCAAAUACCUUCCAUCUGUCCAAGAAACUGAUAAACAAAGUUAUUCCUGUCAGUGAGGAAGACUCUCUGGUGGCGAUGCUGCGAUUUCAGGAGGUGGAGCACUCCACAGUGGACACAGUGGGAGCCAUGGGACUGGCGGCCAUAUUGGCAGGGCAACUUCCAGAACUAAGAGGGAAAAAGGUGGUUGUUGUGGUGAGCAGCGCCAACAUGGAGCCGGACCUGGUGAGGCAGUGUGUGGACCGGGCUCUGGUGCUGGACGACCGGGUCAGUAAAUUCUCAGUUCAGCUGGGAGAAUGGCCAGGAGACAUGGCCAAACUGCUGGACGUCCUGUCCAGAGAGGACGUCAGACUGCUGGAUAUCUGCCAUCGCAGACACAGUGACAAGUCAGACGUCUUCAAAGCAAAGGUGGAGUGCGUGGUGGAAACAAGGGAUAAGACGCAAAGCACUCAGCUGCGCAAGACGCUGAACGAGCGCUACCCUUCGAUAUGCUGGCUGGACCGGUGAUCGAAACAAGAGGAAAGAAGAUGGAGUGUAAAUAAAUUUGGAAGGGAUUCCCAACACAUCCUUCAGUAGGACAAUAACCAACUAAUAACCAAUCUCUGGAUCUAGCUCUUAUCAGAAUAAAACACUCUGAAUUAGCAGCAGGUUGGAUGGUGUGGUUAGUUUCAAGAUAAUUUCCCAUUAACAUUAUACAAGAAAAGACCAAAAGUAAGGGUGCACAGAUUGCAGUUUCUUUAAAAAGCCAGACCUGCCGAUUCUAAUUUUGGCCGAUACCAGACUUUUUUUUGUCUGUUCAGCAAUCCACUCGCUCCGCCAUGAUAGGCGUCAAAACAACCAAUGCGCUCCUUUAAAGCUAGUCGAAACAACAAACAGCUUAAUAUCUCUUCUAUUUAGUUGAUUUCAGCUUAAAGGGUGCUGCACAAACAGACAAGGAUAGAAACCAAACUUGUCAUUUUAUUACAUAACUUAACGAGGAAAGAUACGGAUAGAAGCCGUCAAUCAUAACGACUGUCAGCUGUUAAUGAUUGUCAGCCCUCGGUGUAACCGCUGAAGUGCAGCAGAACAAAUCUGCUGCAAAUUACUUUUUACGAGGUAAUUACAUCAACGUUCAUAUACUGUGUAUGUAUAAUUAGAAAGAUAUCAAAUAUUGCUUUAUGGAGAAGGUGCGCGUUUAACCGUAACCAUGGAGACAAUACCACAGUCAUGUAGCCUAGCAUGUAUGGGAAAAAACUGGUUAGCAUCUCAUCUGUUGUACGUUUUUAAGGCUGCUCUGGUGUAAGGGGAAAUGUUUUGUUAUGUUUUUAUGACAUAAUGAUAUAAAUCAUGUGGUGUGAAUUCAUGCAAAGUCGGUAAUUUGAUCAUCACGUCAAGAGGGGGGAGGAAUGUGUCUGUUUCUAAGCUAACUAUUUACAACUUUUAUAAGUACAAGCAGGUGUGUUGCGUUCACAGACAAAUUAGCUUUGCUUGAAAAAGUAGAAACCAUGAAUAAACUGGCAAAAACAUUUUCCGUCACUCUGUUCAACACUCCCCUCCCUCAUUUCCGACGUCCAUCGUGGCGCCUCCAAUGAUAAAGGGACGUAGUGACAAACGGUCAGGACAGCGGUUGGUUUUAGAUCGUCUUCAUGUGUAAGUAUCGGCCAGUCUCACAAAAUUAAGGACAUCGGCGCAGAUAAAUUGUUGCACCCCCUAAAUAAAAGUAAAUAUUUUCAGAGUAUAUAUAUUUUUAAGAAGCUGUACAUACUUCUGUGUUUAUACACACCACUGUAGAAGUGUCAGAGAGAGACAACAAAAGCGAACAAAUUAUUUUGUUUUGUUGUCUGUGCAGAUUUUAUGAAAGAAAAAACUUGUGUAAUUUCUUAAGAGAAAAAGUGAGUGAAAAUGGCUUGGUGAGUUUUGUCUGACGGUUCCUGGGCUGCUAAAGAUGAGCUAACGUUGUUAAUGUCUUUCAGCAGAGGGCAAUGUGAAAACCUGUUGCUUUGAGAUGUAAAACCUGAGGUUGAGCAGUGCCCUGUCCUGCUGACGAAGCUAAAAUAAAACUGUGGUAAAUAUCCAAACAAUUUCAAA